AAGUAAAAAAAUCUUUGACUUUACAAACUCAGAACAUUUCCAAGUUAUUUCUAGGAAAUUGAUGAGAUUAAUGUCAAAAUUUACUCUAUUUUCAAUCUACAAUGGGCUUAAUAAACACCAGUCACAUUACARACAACUCAAGUAUUUCUCUAUCCACUUCAUAAAUCAUAUUUUAUGUCUGCCUCUGGGUGACGCUGUGAAUUUUGAUUUCUUUUUACAUAUUUGCAGAAACAUCAACAUUUUCUCACUUUGUCUAUUGUAUAAGUAAUGUUGCAACAAACAACGAACUUAGUCUGAAUGGGGGAAUUGUUCUUGUUGUUACUUUCAGACUGAAAAUGUUUGCUGUUGGGCAGAAAAAUCCCCUGAAGUCCGUUUAAAUAACGUUGUGCAGACAUUCCUGCAGCUCCCCUGUUUGGCCGCUGGGUGUCGCUGGGGGAGCGGCCACCGCCUCCUCCAGCGGCGGCCAGCUGGUGCAGCUUCAGCGGGGAGAGGAUCGCAGUUAGACCGAAACUCCGACGCACCAGAGAGCCGAGGAGCUCCGAGCAUCCAGACGUUUCUGCCCGCUUCUUCGUUGGUUUUAUUUCCAGCUUCCAGCGCGCGCUUGAAAGCAGCAGCCGUCCUCGCGCUCCUCGUGAUGAGGCUGGAGGAGCGUCUGAAGUGACCGCCAGGUGUUCGCGCCUCACCGGUGGAGGACUUCCGGCCCGGACCGGGGGACCAGAACCGGACUCAGCUGGAAGCUGGCCCUCCAAGAUGAAGGCGGAAAACCCGGAUGAGACGGGAAGCAGAACCAACAGCUUCCAGAGGAAGAAACCGCCGUGGCUGAAGCUGGACAUCCCGACCAUCCAGCUGACGCCGGACGAGCCGCUGCAGGCCGCCGCGCCGCAUGUUGGGCCGCGUGUUGCUGCAGUCAGACGCAGCAACGAGGCGCAAGACAAAAACGAAUUCCAGCCUGUGAAGCGACUGCGCAGUGUGAGCAUGCCCGGGGAAAAUCCACACACACACUCUGCUGCCAUGGAAACGUCCAACGCCUACCUCAAACCUCCAGUGGAGAAAAUGGCCGUCAUGCAGUCCAUCAAGAGUGAGAAGCGGGUUCACUUCGACCGCCUGAACACCGUCCCUCCAAAGGGCCAGCGCCGCUCCAGGAGGGCGUCGACCGGCCGCCGCCGCUCCUGUGUUCCUAAAAUUCUGGCCCGGCGCCGCUCGUCUAUCCCCAAACAGAUCAUCAGGGGGACGGCUGAUUGGUUCGGCGUGAGUAAGGACGGCGACGGCGGCCAGCGCUGGAGGAGGCGGAGCCUGCAGCACUGCAGCCAGCUGUUCGGGGGCCUGAAGGCCCAGGUGACGCUGCUCAGCCUGGACAGGUCGGACGGCGGCUGA